AUGGAUACGCUUGUUGGAGCCGAGAGUCCCUCGCUCUCUUCAAGUGAAGAAUCAUUGUCCCUGCAUUGUGACAUAUUAGCCGACUCUCUCUUUGAUGAGAAGUCUCUAUUGAACUUCUUCAAUGAGCAAGAGCAAAGGGAUUUCAAGACAAGCGUCAUACGCAAUAUAUUGCAUGAUCGUAAUUACAAAACUCUUUGCACGCUCGGAAUGAGCAAUUUUGGAUUUGUUAGCACUCCCCUUAGAAAGGAAUGUUGGUUCGAACUGCUUUCUCGACAAUUGAGAGUGUCCCAAGGUAGCGGAUACACUACCAAUAAGGGCUGUACCAGAGAGCAUAGAGAUGAAAAUCAAGUGAGCUUGGACGUUCAAAGGUCCUUCACAAGUGUUACUGACGAAGGGCGCAAGGAAAAAUUGCGGAAAUUGUUAGAACGGAUUAUCGUGAAGAUACUUCGUAGAUAUCCCAAACUAAGUUAUUACCAGGGAUACCAUGAUGUUGUGUCGGUAUUUGUUAUUGUAUUUAUUGAGGGACAUGACUAUGACGAUGAAUGUAAUUUCCUAUCCUUGAGUGGUAUGACAAGUAAAAGUGAUGAUAACCAUUCUAAUGGCGCAGCCGAGGAUAAAAGCAAUGGCGUGAGUUCCUCGACUACUGAUUUGUACGAAAAUGAGACGACGUCUAAAAUCGGCUUUGAUGAGGAUAAACUGUUGCGUUGUGUUGAAGCAUUUACUCUUCUUUAUCUUAGAGAUUUCAUGAUGGAUUCCUUGGAUUUCCCCAUUGAUCAACUUAGGCUUAUACCGGAGUUCAUUAAAAAAAAUAGCAAGGCUUUCUAUAAAAAGCUGAACUUGGAUAAAAUUGAGCCAUUCUUCGCAAUAUCUUCAAUAUUAACAGUUUUCUCACAUGAACUGAAACCAAGUGAAAAUGAGCCCGAUUCUCUUAUAUUUCAAAUUUUUGAUUUCGUCAUUUCUUCUCAGUCAAUGGUAGUGCCCCUGGCCAUGUAUGCCACAUUGAUAAUGGAAAAGAAAGAUACCAUAAUAGAGGCAUACAACGCAAAUAUCGACAAUUUCGAAAACAGCGUAGAUCUUGUUCAUGGCGUUAUCCAACAGGUUUUGGUUCCUACCAGAUGUGCCGAAAAAAUUUGGAAACAAAUUCUCGAAGAAGUAAGGUCCAAUCCCUCGAGAGAACAUAUCUCGAAAUACAGAGGGCUUGUUAAUAGGUACAGUACUCUACUAACGACAGCUUCAGGCCAGUUACACACCAGUUAUGAGGUGGAGGAUGUCAUCAAACUAUUAGAAAAAGAAAUUGCCCUUAACAGCAAGAGGAAAACAUCGAAAGCUCAUGCCAAACUUCACAAAACGAACACAAUGAGAACUUUUGCUCGUUUAUUUUCAUCUCGAUCAUUCCCACUUAUUUGCAAAGUUUCCAUUUUUGUUGGCAUGCUUGCAAUUUUUAUGAAGCUUUAUCGCGAUGGAUCGAUAAAAGCCAUGCUUCCCACCCUCAGAAUUUAUUUGAAGAAAUACCAAUGCUCCUCUUUUGCAGGUCUUUACCGGGGCCUUAAUUAUGUAUGGCUGGAUCCAUUACAUGAGCUUUUAAAGAACCCUUCACUACCUAGAUGGGCAUCCAAAGUAUCAAGGUCCAUCUCAUCUUCGAAAGAUUCGGACUUUUAA